GCUUAAAAUAAUGGUUUCAUAGGUCAGCAAUGGCAACUAAGUCCACUGCUAGAAGUAAAGGCAAGUGAAUGGCUGCUUUCUCGCCCCCGCCCAGACUCUUGCUGCUCAAGCCACUGUCGCUGUCCAACGGCAGCACUCGUGUCGCGCCACCGCCGCCCUCUCUCGUGGCGUCUUGGAGAUCAUCCCUCCUCAAAUCCAGAAACCAGGUUACUCGCAAUUCCAUGGAUAUGGAGCAGCCGCUAGUCGAUGGCGAUGCUCCGCCAGAUCGAUUCAAGGAGACCAACUGGAGAGCUGUCAUACUUCCAUUUUUGUUUCCAGCUCUGGGUGGGCUCUUGUUUGGCUAUGAUAUUGGAGCAACCUCUGGAGCUUCCAUAUCUUUGACGUCUCCAGAGCUGAGUGGCACAGAUUGGUACCAGCUUACGUCGAUUCAAACGGGGCUAGUGGUGAGUGGGUCACUCUAUGGAGCUUUGCUGGGAUCCAUUCUAGCAUACAAUGUCGCAGAUAGGCUUGGACGACGAAAGGAGCUUAUCUCCGCUGCUGCUAUAUACUGCAUUGGAUCACUAGUCACAGGUCUAGCUCCAAACUUUCCUGUCAUUCUCGCUGGAAGGCUGGCUUUUGGAUUUGGCAUUGGACUGGCAAUGCAUGGAGCACCAAUGUACAUCUCCGAAACAUCACCAUCUAAAGUACGAGGGACACUUGUAUCUCUGAAGGAAGCCUUCAUAGUUCUUGGCAUUUUGCUUGGAUAUCUAGCCGGCAGCGUAGAAAUCUCCACUGUCGGAGGCUGGCGAUGGAUGUACGCAUUCGCGGCACCGAUCGCGAUCAUCAUGGGAAUUGGGAUGUGGUGGCUGCCACCAUCGCCGCGAUGGCUACUCUUGCGAGCGGUGCAAGGCAAAGGUGACAUGAGCGAGCUCACGCGACAGGCGUGCGAGGCUUUCAAGAGGCUUGGAGGAGGAUCAAGCAACAUCACCCAAGAGGCUGUGGAUUUGCAAGUGGAUGAAACUGUGAAGUCGCUGGAGAGCUUGAGCAGGGAAUCUGAGAGCGCGCAGCAAAGCGUCUGGGAGUUGUUCCGAGGAGGCAACUUGAAAACUUUGACGAUUGGAACCGGCUUGGUCUUUUUCCAACAGGUGACUGGCCAGCCAAGCGUCCUAUACUAUGCAGCCACGAUCCUCCAGAGUGCUGGAUUUGCUGCUGCAACGGAUGCAACACGAGUCUCGGUUCUACUGGGUGUUUUCAAGCUUGUAAUGACUGGAGUUGCGGUUUUCAACGUUGAUAAACUCGGACGAAGGCCUCUACUAAUCGGUGGUGUCAGCGGCAUUGUUGUGAGCUUGUUCAUGCUGGCGGCUUUCUUUGUCUUCGGAAAGGGCCUCUCGUUUCUCGCAGUCAUUGCGUUGCUUCUCUACGUUGGUUGCUACCAGAUAUCAUUUGGCCCGAUUUCAUGGCUCAUGAUCUCGGAGAUUUUCCCACUUAGAACACGGGGUCGAGCUCUCAGCAUCUCGACUCUUGUCAACUUCGCAGCCAAUGCUUUAGUCGCACUGGCAUACUCACCACUACAGGAACUUUUGGGAGCGCCUCUGACUUUCGUGGGAUUUGGAGUGAUUGGAAUCGUGGCGCUCGUCUUCAUUGUUUCCACGGUCCCAGAGACGAAGGGACUAAGCCUGGAAGAGAUAGAACAGCAGCUCUUCGCGAGUAAGCACUUGUAAACAAGAAGCUCUGUGCAGUGAUCCUUUGAGACAGAUAUUUACACUUCCAUCGCUAGAACCUUCCUCCAAAAACUGAUCCCAAAAAACUAGAAUAGAGAUAUUGGGCUGACCUUGAA